UACCAUCAGCAACAUUCUGCUCGGGCCAUAAGCCGCACUGAACGGCAAGAUGAGCAACUAUGGCUUCUUCGGCAGCUUCGAGCUCAACUCCAUGGUCAGGGGCGCCCAACUCACAAUCGUAGGCGCCAACCGCGCCCUCCAAAAUCCUUCCAUCUUCACCACCUCCCUUUACAAACAAGCCGCUCUCGCCGUCGCCGCAGGCAUCCUCAUUCGGCUCCUCGUCGCCAUCCCAACUCUCGGAAUCCGAUUGCUCAUAACCUUCGCCGGUCUCUUCACCGACACCUCAGGCCUGCAAUGGAGCGAAGACAUCAUCGAUGGCAUCGAGUUCAUCGAGCACUCCGUGCUUCAGAUCCCCUUCUUUCUGAUGUCGUUCAUGCGGUACCUCAGUCCGGCCAUGGACCACAUGUUCAUGGAGUCCCUACGGUGGGUCGAUCAGACAUAUGUCAAGAAACAUGAAUCCGAGGACCCAAAGGCGUUGAGAGAGAUGUACCAUCCGAACCUGGAGUUGUAUUCGCAGCAAGCUGUCACAGCGCAGAAGAAGGAGCCGAAGCAGGCUUUGGUCAUGUUUCUCACGCGGUAUGGCAGGAAAGCCGGAAUCUCGCUCGCCGUGUACGUGUUGUCUUUCGUGCCGUAUGUCGGACGACUCGUGCUACCGGCUGCCUCGUUCUACACUUUCAACAAAGCCGUGGGUCUGCCUCCGGCAAUUGUGGUGUUCGGAAGCUCGUUCAUCCUGCCGAAGCGAUAUCUGGUCAUGUUCCUGCAAAGCUACUUCUCCAGCCGAAGUCUGAUGCGUGAGCUCCUGGAACCCUACUUCUCCCGCAUCCACUACAGCCCCGAACAAAAGCGCGCCUGGUUUCGCGACCGCGAAGGCGUCCUCUACGGCUUUGCCUUCGCCUUCUUCGCCUUCCUCAAAAUCCCGCUCAUUGGCGUGCUCAUCUACGGUAUCGCCGAAGCGUCAACAGCAUACCUCAUCACGAAGAUCACGCAGUCGCCACCGCCGCCACAGGAGGCGGAGGAGUUCAAGAAGAGGGAUGUGAGGUGGGAGAAUAAACAUGAGUUUUUGUCGUUGCCGGUGGGGGCGCUGGAUCGGUUGAGUGAGAAGAUUGUCAAGGAGAAGGGAGACAAGGAGCAGUUGAAGGGAAGGCAGUACUCAUGA